CCACAACGUCCUCCAUCGGAAACUGCUUCCUUCCUUCCGCACCUUAUUUAUAUAUUUGAUCGCUUGUUAGUGUAAAGAAAAAUGGAUCCGACACCGAAGGCUUCAUCAGAGAAAGAGGAGGAAGUCAUCAAAAAGAAGUAUGGAGGUAUCGUGCCAAAAAAGCCGCCACUCAUUUCUAAAGAUCAUGAACGGGCUUAUUUUGAUUCAGCUGAUUGGGCUCUGGGAAAGCAAGGUGUAGACAAGCAGCCCAAAGGACCUCUUGAGGCACUUCGGCCUAAACUACAGCCAACUCAGCAGCAAACACGAUAUAGGAAAUCACUUUGCGCCCCAAAUGAUGGACAAGGCAGCAGAGCAAAGCCAUGAAUGAUCUCAUGAAGCUUGUUAAUCAUCUCCAUUUUUUGUUUCAUGAGCAUUACAAACAUAUUAUUAUGAUAUUCUUUUUUUUUUU